AGUGAAACAACCUUGAUCACAAACUAUUUAGAUCACGUCAUGAAAGGAAUGCUACAUGAUCCAAAUAAAUAUAUCGUGGAAUGGCCAAACACUGGACUUGAUGAAAGCAAGGCAAGGAAAUCAGGAAGAAGCAAACAGCCGGACUUUGUAGUAUCUGUUAUCCACCAGUUACAGACAAGCGGUGUUAUAUUUGUGGGCGAAGUCAGUCCACCUUCAGAAAAGAACAAUGUAUAUAAGAACUGUAAUGAUCUAAUUCGAAUUGGUGUUUUUAUGAAGGAUUGUCUCGACUCAGCCAUAGACUUGGGUGCUGACAUAAAGACGUUAGGCUUUCAAUGCGUUGACUAUACAGUGGAUUUCUACAUGAUGGAUAUUGUUCAAGGAACAUAUAUUAUGAUCCACAUCGGCCAAAUAUCAGUUCCAGCUUCAGUAAAAGAAAUGUUACAUUUUGUUGAUGAAAUAGAAAUACUCCUGAAAAUACGAGAAAUCUUUUGCAAAUCUUUUGAUUAA